AUGCCGCCGCUUCGGGGAUUCUCCGACAACAACUUUGGCGACAGGAACGAUGCACUCCUUGCAACCAAUGCUCUGAUCGGUUCACUUGAAUCCUAUUUUUCGCCAGGAAAUGCUCGGGUCCAACUACCAGUUUGCUCUGGUGCGCAUUUUGACGAAACAGCUGCCCAGCUUGAAGGAUUCGCGCGGCCAAUCUGGGCAGUAGCAGCAGUUGCAAAAUCUUCGGAUCUACCGGAUUCGAAAGUAUCGGCCUAUAUCCACCGUCUCGUAGAAGGAAUCGCUAAUGGAGUCAAUCCCGACCAUCCCGAGUACUGGGGCACGAUCGGAGACUGGGAUCAACGCAUGGUUGAAGCUGAGCCAAUUUCGUUUGCGUUACUGAUAGCGCCAAAGACUUUCUACGAGCCGUUGUCCGAGCAAGGUCGCUCCCAUCUUGUUCAAUGGCUGUCGGGUCUCAAUGGCAAACUGAUGCCCCCCAACAAUUGGCGCUGGUUCCGCAUAUUUUCGAAUCUUGCUCUUAGUCGAGUAUGCGGCGUGCCUUACGACGACGUUGAAGAACACAUCGAAGCCGACUUUGUCGUGCUUGACCAAUUUGAGCUAGGAGAUGGCUGGUCGGGUGAUGGAAUCUGGAGAAAGGAUGGAAUUCCCAAUCAAGAGUUCCACGGUCGCCAGGCGGACUAUUACUCGGGAAGUUUCGCUAUUCAGUUCAGUCAAUUGCUUUACUGUAUAAUCGCCGACGAUUCCGAUCCCAGUCGUGUCUCGCGGUAUCGUCAACAUGCAAAGGACUUUGCCUCUCAGUUCUGGCGGUUCUUCGAUGAGGAUGGCGCUGCCAUUCCCUUUGGCCGCUCGCUGACGUAUCGAUUUGCAAUGGGCGCGUUCUACGCUGCCUUUGCUCUUGCUAAAUGUUACGAUCCGUCAAACCGAUAUACAUCUGCAGGUUUUGUCAAGGGAAUGCUACUGCGACAUCUCCGGUGGUGGGCAGAGCAUUCCUCUAAUAUGUUUGCUGCAGAUGGAACAUUGACCAUCGGAUAUCUAUAUCCAAACAUGUUCAUGUGCGAAGAUUACAAUUCACCCCAGUCGCCCUACUGGGCCAUGAAGAUAUUUGUGGUUUUAGCACUAGAAGCAAGCGACGAAUUCUGGACCGCAGAUGAAAUUCCGCAUCCGCUUUCCACAGCACCGGAUGACUCUUCAUCUGUGGGUGUGGAGUUGUUGCCAGCGCCGUCUCAGAUCCUCUGUAAUCACCCUCGCGGCCAGCACCACUUUAUGCUUUCUAGUGGCCAGUUCUGUGUUUGGCCUCUGAAGGCCGCGGAGGCCAAGUACAGCAAGUUUGCGUAUUCCUCGGCAUUCGCUUUCAGUGUCCCGACAGGUGGCUUAUUAACUCAGCUUGCGCCAGACAGCACGCUCGCUAUCAGUCGAGACGAUGGACAGACAUGGGCCACGCGAUGGGAGACAAUUGGCCUUCCGCUGAUCAAAUUACUUUCAAUUCACGGAAUGGAGAUAAAAUGCCUGCAAAGCGUCUGGAGACCAUGGAAAGCCGGCGACAUUGAAAUCACUACUACAUUGGUUCCACCUUGCGACGAGUGGCCAGAUUGGCAUGUUAGAAUCCAUCGCAUUAGAUGUUACAAACAGGGCCCUCUGCAUUCCGAGCACCUCAGACUCGUCGAAGGGGCCUUUGCUAUCGAAGCAAAACAGCCACGGCUCAUGUCCCAAUUGGAUGAAGAUUUGACUGUCUCUUCCCAGUAUGGAGGAACACUUGAGACAGCUAAUAGUUCGAUGAUUAUUGGCAGUGCCGGAGUGAGUGGUUUGAAGGAUCUCACUGCAUCUGGUGGAAUCGAGGGCAAAAUCUUGAAAUCAGAUUCCAACACCAAUUUGAUGGAACCGAGGGCUUUGAUCCCUACUCUUCAACGUGACAAACUUGAAGUGUAUCUGGAUAAAGAGGUGGUGGUAGUUACAGGAGUGUUUGCUAUCGCCAAUGGAAAGAAGGGGCUCUCCCGCGAGGAGCUGGUCCGGAGAUGGUCUCAGCAGCCUCAUCUGACUGAAAGCAUUUUGAAUGAAUUAAAGUGA